CAGAGAAACUAUUUCAUUUACCCUUUUUAACACCAGAUUCGGAUAGCCUGCCCUACAUUUUCAAUAAUAGGCUAGACAACCCACUGGAAUUUAUUUGAGUCUUAAAGGAGAGACGCCAUGAGGAAAGGGUCAAUGACUCUAAGCAGUUUUAGCGUGAGUUGAAAACGUGUCUUUAGGAAGGGGUAACCAUGGGGAGCAAAACCCGGACAAGACGCCACGUCUCCUGUUUCAUGUGGAAAGGAGAAUAUCAGCUAAAUCCGCGUUUUGCUGAGAGCCCAGUCAGUGUGCUGCGAGCCUAUUUUAAAAGUAGCCCUAAGCAAUCAAUCAGAAUUCAACAUUUUGAAUUUAGACCCUCUUUAAAUGUCUUUACAUUUCUACAUUAAAGCAAUUUUAUAGAAUGUCCACAGGAUUCCACUUGAUCCUGUUCUGUUCCUAACUAAGAGGAAUUUAUGCUCAUGGGCCAGUCGUAACAAAGUUGUAUAAAUAUUUUCCAUGUGAUUGGUAAAUGACCCUCCUGACUACAUCUAACCGGUGUGAAACGGCCAGCUAGUUAUCAACGCGCGUUAGGAGCGUUUCAAUCAGGUGACGUCACGCUCUGAGACCUUUAAGGAGGUGUUACCCAGAUCCCGCGACGCCUACGGAUUUUGUGGCGUGACGGGUAACUGUGCUGCGAGGGGGAACCGUUGUCGAUGUGUGCAGAGGGAUCUUGGUUCAAGCCCAGAUGAGGAGUUUAAAGUGCUACACAGUGAUGAUGAGGCGCUCCAUGACAGGAUCACAUACAACAUGAGGAAGAGCCUGGAUCUAGACGUGGACGGCUGCAUCCUGCUGCCUGGUGAGAAGUGGAGUCUGCAGGAGUGUGGCUUCAACGUCACAGCCAAGACCAUCUUUAUUAUCCACGGCUGGACGAUGAGCGGGAUGUUUGAGAGUUGGAUGCGGAAGCUAGUGGCGGCCAUGAUGCAGCGAGAGCCGGAGGCCAACGUAGUCAUCGUUGAUUGGCUGCCCAUGGCCCACCAGCUCUACCCCGACGCUGUAAACCACACCCACCAAGUCGGCCUCAGCGUCGCCACCACCAUCAACUGGCUCCAGGAGGAACAGCAGCUGCCCUUGCAGAAUGUGCAUCUGAUUGGCUACAGCUUGGGGGCUCAUGUAGCGGGCUACGCCGGCACGUUCGUGCGAGGGAGCGUCGGCCGGAUCACGGGUCUAGACCCGGCAGGGCCCAUGUUUGAGGGGGUGGGCGAUGAGAAGCGCCUCUCUUCGGACGACGCUGACUUUGUGGACGUCCUGCAUACGUACACGCGCGAGGCGCUGGGAGUGAGCAUCGGGAUCCAGCAGCCCAUCGGAGACAUCGACAUCUACCCCAACGGAGGAGACGUGCAGCCGGGCUGUGACCUGACCAGCGUGCUGACCAGCGCCGCCGGAGGAAAUUUCAUGGAUGUGAUGAAGUGUGAGCACGAGCGAGCUGUACACCUGUUUGUAGACUCUCUGAUCAGCAAGGCACACACAAGCUUUGCCUACCAGUGCACAGACCCUGAACGCUUCAAGAAGGGCAUCUGCCUGAGCUGCCGAAAGAACCGCUGUAACCAGAUGGGAUACAACGCCAAGAAGACGAGGAAGAGGCGUAACAGCAAGAUGUACCUGAAGACCCGCGCCGACACACCCUUCGGAGGCAUCCAUUACCAGAUGAAGAUGCAUGUGUUCAACAGAAAGCAGGCCGACGAUGCUGACCCGACCUUCUACGUGAAGCUGUAUGGCGCUCACAACGACAGCCACGACCUGCAUGUGGACAUUCCUAACAAAGUGGGUCUGAACCUGACCAAUACCUUCCUGGUCUUCACCGAGGACGACAUCGGGGACCUGCUGAAGAUCCGUCUGAGCUGGGAGGGGGCGUCUGAGUCCUUCGGGUCCUUCUGGAAAAACAUUAAGAAGAACUUCUGGGACUGGAAGAGCAGCAGCACGCCCACCAACCAGGUGUUGGAGGUCCGCAGGAUCCGUGUCAAGUGUGGAGAAACUCAGAAGAAGUUCACAUUCUGUGCCCAGGACCCCUCAGUGACUGAGCUCACUCCAGGACAGGGGAUCACAUACGUCAAGUGUCGCGACGGCUGGGAGGUCAAACCCAGUAGGAAAAGAUUGCACAUAUAAGGAUUCAGCAUUUCAAUGCGCUGUCACCAUGGGGACCCGAAGGUGGAAGGAAUGGCAGUAAGAACCGCCUUCUCUUCGUCUGAGCACCUGGACGGUUUACUUGUGGUCACAUGACUCUGGGCUCUGUCAAAUGGGACUGCGGGGAGGCGCUGCACGUGCUGGCAGUGGGGGGGGGACGGGCCUUAGUGUUCUGUCUGUCAGGACUGUCUGAGGAUCAGGACUGUCUGUUUCUUUGUGCAGACGGGCGGUCAACUCGGAUUUAGAAAAAUAGUGUUAAAUAUGUGUUAUCCAUUGGACGUUCCCCCCCAACAAACCUAGUCUCUUUACUGUAUAUUUUUAUAUUAAUUUAUGAAGAAUGGAAGCACUGCAAGACCAAGCUUAUUUAUCAACCCCAAGUACACCCUGUACUGAAGCACGUUACAUUGUUUGAAUAAUUCCCUAUUUGUGAGCUGCAGUAUUUGUCUGCUUGCGUGUGAGUGAAUGUCGAUUUUUGCGUGUGCACAUAAUUUGUGUAUGAGCGUGCCUUUUGGAUAGAGUGAGAUUAACGUGAAUACAAUGUAUAACUGGAGGAUGUGACUGGGCUACAUGCACAUGAUCUUUCACUGUGUCGCUAUUAUGGUUCUAUGUACCAUAGUUAUUUGUGGGUGUGUUUGUAUGUGUGUGUAUAUAGUGUAUGAAAAUGUAUGCACUCACUAACUGUAAGUCGCUCUGGAUAAGAGCGUCUGCUAAAUGACUAAAAUGUGUCAAAUGUAACUAACGUUUUUCGAAAAAUAAACAUUCACUUAUUUUUAA